GACCUGGACUACGGCUACCUGACGCGGGUGUUCAAUGCCAGCAUGGCAGCUGCAUCAGCACCGAAUUUUGGAGAUAUUGAGCCGGCAACCGACGUGGUGCAGCUGCAGAACACGACCCCUUCAGAGACGGCGGAGUGGGCGCAGCACGGUUACCGCUUGAUAGCUGAGGGUCGAGCUGCAGUCCUGCUGCUGGCAGGAGGUCAAGGCACUCGGCUGGGCAGCUCCCUCCCCAAGGCCUGCUAUGACAUCGGACUGCCAUCCCGCAAGUCCCUGCUCCAGGCACGAACGGGGGCCGGGGCGGGGGCGGUGCAGCUCCAAGCGGAGCGGGUGCUGCGGCUGCAGAGGCUGGCGGCAGCUGCUACCGGCACACCGGCCGCAGCCACCAAGCCGCUGCGCUGGUACAUCAUGACAAGUCCCUUCACGUACUCCGACACGUUGGCGCACUUUGAGGCUCACAGCUUCUUCGGGCUGGACCCGUCCCAGGUCGUAUUCUUCCAGCAAGGCUUCCUACCUUGCUUCACCGAGGACGGCAAACUGAUCCUUGAGACCCGGGGGUCACUCGCAAAAUCUCCCGACGGCAACGGCGCGGUCUACUUGUGGCUCGCUCGCUCGGGUUUACUAGACGCCAUGGCGGCUGCUGGCGUCGAAUGCCUAGACUGCUACUCCGUGGACAACAGCCUAGCGCGGCUGGGCGACCCACGGUUCAUCGGCUACUGCCACAAGGUCGCCCAGGCGGAUGUGGGCGCGAGGGUAGUGGCCAAGGCCUACCCUGAGGAGAAGGUGGGGGUGUUCGCACGCCGCCGUGCCGCCACGGGCACUGCCGCCAGCACUGGCCAUCAUCUGGCCGUCAUCGAAUACAGCGAGCUCGAUCCGGCGCUUGCCUCCGCCACCAAUCCCGCCACCGGGCAGCUGUACUAUAACUGGAGCAACAUCUGUAUGCACUAUUUCUCCGUAGAAUGGUUGCGAGUCGUGGCUGCACAGCUGCUGGCUGGCGGCGGUACGCCGUACCAUGUGGCCCGGAAGCGCAUUCCGUCGGUUGGAGGACCGGUUCAAGGUGUAAAGUUGGAGCUUUUCAUCUUCGAUACCUUUCCAUUGGCGGGGAACAAGACGGCGCUGAUGGAGGUAGAUCGCAGGGCGGAGUUUGCGCCCGUCAAGAACGCGCCUGGCAGUACAACUGACUCCCCCGAUACGGCGCGUGCGGCGCUGCUGUCCUUACACGCCGACUGGGUGCGUGCUGCGGGCGGGACGGUGACAUGCAACGAGGGAGUGGAGAUCAGCCCGCUUAUUAGCUACGCAGGCGAAGAGCUAGAGGGGAUAGUGGCCGGGAAGACGUACGACAGCCCAUUGGCUUCAGAUCUGCAGCAGCCACCACAGCAGCCUUGA